CAGGAGCAGCAUGGUCGCAGUAGAACCGGGCUAAAAAUUAUCGCAUAUUGUCGUAUUAUUUCUUCUAACCCAUGCAGGCAACUGCCCGUUUGGGGUGCGCACACGGCUUCAGGAGUGGCCACGCCCGCGUACCUCCGCUGCUGGCCGGAGGCCCCUCCGCAACAGCAUCCAGAGGCCGCACUCCGCGUGCCGGAGGCUCCGGCGUCCCCACACGCAGAAGCAGGCUCCGCGCGCCGGAGGCUCCGGCAUCCCCGCUCACAGGCACAGGCUCCUCACGCCGGAGGCUCCGGCCAGCAUCUGUUGCAGGGAUGGAGGCGCCCCUAGACACGGCUCCGGCCACCAUCCGUUGCAGGGACGGAGGUGCCCCCCGACACGGCAGGCCGGAGGCCGCACUCCGCAUGCGCGUGCCGACCCCGCUCGCUGGAUUCGGCUCUGCAGCCGAAGGCUACGGCCACCCUCCGCUGCUGGCCGGAGGCCUCCUCCGCAAACAUCAGGCUGGAGGCCGCCCUCCACCCGCAGGUUCUGACCCCGCUUGCAGGCUGUGCCUCCGCGGACGGAGGCUCCGGCCACCCUCGCGUAGAUGGAGUUCGUGGUGUCUAUCAUGGACACACGGUGUUCCGGCCGCUCAAGGACUACUUUGUGCGGACCUACAGGUACGUCAGAUCCUGCGGCGAGUACAUCAGCGAGCUGGGUCACCGGAUGAUCAAGCUCAAGAGCAGGCACGAUGACGUCAGGCGCAUAUUGGACGCCGUGGAGCGCCAGUGUAACAGACCUGGUCCAGCUAGAGAAGAACAGAGGAAGAAGAUAGACGAGGGAGAGAGAGAUGCCCACGGAACUCUGUUCCGGUCGCCAUUUACCACUUGAUCGUUAUCGUUAAUACAGAGUAUGGAUCGGUAUUUAUACCAUCUAAAGCCGGACACCGCACAGGCGCAGCCAGAAAACGCACUCACGCGAAGACACCCGCCAACGCCAGCCCAAACGAAUACUACGAGACGACCUAGGCCCAGUAAGGCUGUAACAAUCCCCCCUCCUUAACAAACGGCUUGCCCUCAAGCCGGUAAAGAAGAGAGUGCUGGAAGCGUCAGAGAAGCUGAAGAAGAAAAUGCUGGAAACACCAGAGACUGUGGAUCUGCCCAAGUUGCCAAAGAAGAUGGUAGACCGUGCCAUUUAACCAGAACGCGAUCCACCGUCUUGUGCCCUCGUUUGACCAAUUUGUGCGCCAGAAGACCAUCAGGAACACUGACAUCCUGCAGAACAGCAAUGGAAGGAAGUGCAGUGCUAACUGUGGUUUGAGGACUAAUAGCUUUCUUGAGUAAGGAUACAUGUACCACUGGAUAUAUUUGGCUGCUUGGACGAAGCUGCAACCGAUAUGCCACUGAGCCCACUUUGGCCAAAACUGUAUAAGGACCAAAAUACCUGAAUGCCAAUUUCUGAUUUGGACGAUCAACAAUAGAAGUCUGAAUAUAUGGCUGUAGCUUGAGGUAAACUUGAUCACCCACUUCGAAAGAACGCUCAGAACGAUGUUUGUCAGCUUGUACUUUCAUGCGUUGUUGAGCUCGAGAUAAUUGUUGCUGCAGCAGAUGCUUCAUCACAUCUCUCUCUUUGAGCCAGGUGGUGAGAUCAGGGACAGUGGAGUCAGUCAGCUGAAACACGCCAAAAUCUCUUGGUUUGCGACCAUAGAUUACCUCAAAUGGAGUAGUACCUAAGGUUGUAUGAUAGCUGGUAUUGUACCAAUACUCAGCAAGAGGGAGCCAAUAAGACCAAUUUUUUUGGACAAGAAUGAACUGAACAUCGCAAAUAAGCUUCAAGGCAUUGAUUGACCCUUUCCGUUUGCCCAUCCGAUUGCGGAUAAUAUGAAGAGCUCAUUCUCAAUUGAACAUUAGCCAAUUUAAAGAGUUCUUGCCACAAAGCACUUGUGAAUAUCCGAUCUCUGUCAGAGAUGAUAGCUUGUUGUAGUCCAUGAAGCUUGAGGAUGUUGUUCAAAUAGACUUUGGCAAUAGAUAGAGCAGUGAAAGGAUGUUUAAUUGCUAUGAAAUGAGCAUAUUUGGAAAAUUUGUCAACCACCACCAAAAUAGUAUCAAAAUGAUUAGAAGAGGGUAAACCUUCUAUGAAAUCAAGAGAGAUCACUGCCCAGGCUUGGUCUGGAAUUGCUAAAGGUUGAAGCAGUCCUGGGUAUGCUACAUGCUCAUUUUUGGCUUGUUGACAAAUAGAGCACUGCUGGACAUAAGAUUUGAUAUGGGUUUUCAUGUUGGUCCAAGCAAAUAAUCUCUUGAUGCGGUGGUAAGUGGCAAAAAAUCCUGAGUGGCCACCUAAGGCACUGGAAUGGAGGGAUUGGAUGAUAUGGUGCUGAAUAUCUCUAUCAGAACUCACCCAUAUCCUUCCCUUGAAUCUCAGCACACUAUUUUGCAAUGUGAAAUUAGUGUGUGUAUUACCACGUAAAGAGAGAAAGGUUACCAUAUUCUUGGAGAAAUCAUCUGAUGCAUAGCUCUAUACUAUAGUGUCAAUCCAAGAUGGUUUGCAAAUGGAUAAUGCUACCACUUCAGGGUCAGAUGUAUGCAAUUUUCUGGAAAGAGCAUCAACAACCCGGUUGAACUGACCUUGUUUAUAUUGUAUCUGAAAAUUGAGGCCCAUCAACUUGGUGAGAGCCCUUUGCUGAAGAGGAGUAUGAACUUUUUGGUCAGUUAAAUGAAUGAGGCUUUUAUGGUUAGUUCUGAGUAGAAAUUCAGCAUGUUGGAGGUAAGACCUCCAAUGAUCUAUAGCCAAUAGAAUUGCUAAACAUUCUUUCUCAUAAGCAGAUAAGCCUUGAUUCUUGUAGCUCAGGGCUUUGCUAAGAUAAGCGAUAGGAUGACCAUUUUGCAUUAGGACAGCACCAAUUCCUUUAUCACUUGCAUCUGUCUCCACCACAAAAGGUUUAGAGAAAUCUGGCAAGAUCAGAACUGGUGUAGAUGUCAGCCUCUUUUUUAAUUCAGCAAAAGCAUCAGCUGCUACUAAAGUCCAGCUGAAAAUGGAAUUCUUCUUCAGCAAAUCUGUGAGAGGUUUACUUAUAGUACCAUAAUCUUUCACAAACUUUCU